AUGUCGGUGGAUCCAUCAUAUACUGUCAUUGUCAGACUUCCAUUUCCUCGAGGGGACUUUGUGGAUCCCCCUUCAGUGGAAUGGGAUGCUGCAAAGGACAAGGCCCUGUGGAAGAUACUCUCGAAAGCUUCCAAAAACAGUGAUAUAGAUUGGAACGAACUAGCAUCGAAAUUCGAAGUCUCCCUAGCAUUCCUCCUUCAACAAGCAGCAUGGCUCUACGAACGACAACUCCUACAAGUCCGGGCGCAGAUGAGGAAAGUCGGCGUGUCAAAAUCAUCUGCGGCGUCACCAGUCCCGGGCAGUACAUCCGAGUCCGCCGGAGGGGAAAUGAUGAGGAGGACAGGAUCAGGAGGUGGCCGUCCACAAGUGUACUCCUCUCUCUCAGCACGCAGAGACUCACCCAUACCUAAAAACGAGACACCUGUCCCUAACACCUCCGGCCGACCCCCAGCACCACCUAUAUCCCGCAACUCCUCCGCAACCACCACAGUCACAGCCCGCACCGCCGCAGCAGCCGCAGCCCAGCUCCACCAACCAUCCAAACCCUCCUCCCAGAUAGAAACCCAACCCCAACCCCGGCGCUCCCCACAACCCGAGCCCUCUUCAUCCUCAAGCUCCGACUCCGACUCUUCUUCCUCCUCCUCGCUCGCACAAUCGCGCCUCUUCCGCCGCCCGCAAAAGUUCUCCUCCUCCCACAAAGGAAAACUCGGGCUCUCACCCGACGCAGAGGAUGAUGAUGACGACGACGACGAAGACGAAGAGCCCGCCUUCCUCCCCGUCACAUCCACAUCGACCCACGAUCCCUCAGCGACGCUGCGCGGCGACCCGCGCAACCUCGCCCGCCGCGAGCGCAUCCCAGCCCGCGGCAAACCAGCAGAGGUGAGCCAGACCAGCGACUCGAGCGCCAGUUCCGCCAGCCCCGCGAUCCCCAGAGCCGACGAGAAGACGGGGCCUCCUCCCUUCAGCCAGCGACGAGGAGGCCCGAGUCCACUGAGUCCGACGCGGAGCGCGGCCUUGGCGGGGCGUAGUCCAGGUAUGAGGGGCAAGGGUCGCGAGGGCAGCGAGAGCAGUCCGAGUAUGGGGAGUAGCUUUAGUGAUUUAGAUGAUGCAUCAGUCACCCAAAGCGCCCUAGAAGAAGCACUGGCUAGUAACAUGCAAGCCGCAGGCGGCAUGGCGAGCAGGAUGAGCUCCAUCAGCCAGGCGCUACGCAGCAAGUAUCUAUAA